UCCUUCCCCGUCGCUGUCGCCGCCCCCGGUCUCCCACUCGGCGCCUCCUCCGCCUCUUAUCCUCUACAGCCUUGUCUCUUGCGACCCGUAGGCACUUGGCAGUUACCACCUGCUGCCCUGGCUGUAGUGGAGACCCGCAGAGGUGCGUGCCGGCGGCGAGCGACGGCGGACCCGGCGGAGCAGCCAUGGAGGCGGUCCAGCCGGUACUGAGCGAGAAAACGAACCCGCUGCUCGGCAGAUCAUCCAGUCCAUCCGGCGUCACGCUGCUUCAACCUCACGCCGACAGCGGCGCGGGUUUAUACAACGGCGCCUACUCCUUCCUCGACACCACCAGGCCCUGCGCCACGAGAUUCAGCAGCGGGUCAGUGACAUCCGAGGACUCGCCGUCGCCGGCGCUGACUCCCAGGCUGCUGUCCAUCAUGUCCACCUCCAGCCCCGACAACUACUCCUCGUACGAAUGGCCCGACCGAGCGGCGGCGUCGCGGUCCAAUCGUUACCUCUUCGACGCGAACGCGCAGUCUCGGUGCGCCGAGUACCUAGACCUGAUGAGGGUGGAGGUCGAUGCGCAGCUCGGCAAGCUCAAGGGGGGCGUCACCGGCCUCGAGAGCUAUGCCUUGCCGGACAACGGCCGCGUGAUCGGCGGUGCGCACCUCGGCAUGUCCCUUGACGUCAUGCUGAUUGAGAUAGACGAGAGGUUCAACGCCCUGAAGCUGCUCAUGGGUGCCGUGUUCCGACAGGCGAGGGAGAUGCUUGGAUCGGUCAACGCGUCGGCGUCUGAUCUCCAGUGGGAGCAUGAGCUGCAACUGGAAGUCUUCAGCGCCACGAUCGGGGAGUGUGUCAAUGGCCUGCAGGAGGAGCUAGAGAGGAGGCUCUAUGAGCAAAUUAACAUCACAAACACCAUGAGCAGGAACUGGAAGGAAGCCAUAGCUCAAUUUGCCGCGAUGCGUGAAGACCUUGGUGCUCUUUGUAAGCUACUGCUGCCUUCAGUACCAGAAGCACAUAUUUCUAACAGCAAGCAUGAAAGUUCAGGCAGUAGGAGUAACAGGUGGAAGUACAAUUUCUUUGGAAAGAAAACAAAAGAGGAUCGUUCUCCGCGUGCCGAGGAUAGUAAGAGUUUCAGGAAGCAAAAAUCAUUUGGUGCAAAGGAUGUCAUCUCAGAAAAAUCCGACUUUCGCCAUCUCAACGGUAGGACUAGAGAUGAAGUGAUAAGCUAUUUUAAGUCUGAGAUCAGCAAGCUGAAAAGGAUGCACGAAUCAGCAUUGCAAGAGAAGACAGAAGAACUGUUCAGGUUUAAACGGGAGAAGGGGUCACACUCUCUUAAGAAUGACUUGGAGUUUGAACCUUUGAGGAAGAAAAUUCCAGAGAUCAUAUCGAGAAUGGAUCAGAUCAUUUCCAAGAAUAUAAAAGUACCUGCGAUCUGCAUGACUCAUGAUGAGCUCGAUGAAAGAUGCAGACUUACAAGCAGAAUAGAUGCUUUGUACUACGAAAAUCAGCAUCUCCGAGGAUUGCUUGCAGAUAAGAUGAAAGAUGUUAAGGCAUUAUCAUCUCAACUGUCUGAAGCCAGUACAGAACUGUCUCUUCAAUUGUCAUCGGAAGAAGAGCUCCUGAGACAAAUUGACAAAAUUAGGCAAGAGUAUGAGGAGCUCCGAAUUGAAGGAGAUGUUAGAGAUGAGCUGUACCAAGCUGUUACAAGACAAUUGCUUGAUGACUCUAAGAACAGCAUGGAUGGUGCUGCACUGAAUUUUAGUGCAAAAAUGUCUUCUCUUGAAUCUGUAAUCUCUGAAAAGGAUAAAGAAUUGUAUUUAUACAAUGAAGAAAAUCACAGGUUAAAGGAUAAGUUAGCAGAGCUAGAAAAAGGGUGUUUGACCCAGAAUCACCAGGAAGAUCCAGAAGUCAUCAAACAAGAAAGUACAGAAAUUGUUCUGCGUGAUAUUGAGGUGGAGCCUCGCACAUCACCAAGAAGAUCAAAUGGGCACAAUCUGCAGUACGAUGAACUUGUGAAACUGAACUCAAGCUUAGAGAUUGAAUCUGGUGUCCUCAAGGAAAUUGACAUGAAAAAUGUGGAUCAUAGUAGUAGUCUCACUAAGAAAGAGCAGGAAAAGCAGAUGGAGUGCAUUUUAGUAUCUAUUAUGAAAUUAUCAAAAGAAUUUGUGGAGAUUGAGAAAAAAUUAUCAGUGGAAAGAACUGAAAACAGGUCAGAGGAUUUGAGUGAUCAUUGCAGCCACAUGGUCAGACAAGCUGUAGUACUAACAAAAAUAGGGCUCUGGUAUAAACAAAUGCUUGAAACAAGACGUUUUGAGCUCCAAAAGGCUGAAGCCAAGGUUGUCAUAUUGGGCGACAAGAUUAAUGCACAUUUAAGCCUUCUUCAAAAGAUAUACUUAACUCUGGAUCGCUACUCUCCUACAUUGCAGCAUCAUCCUGGUCUGCUAGAUGCUUUCCUGAAGACAUGCAAGCUUGUUGCAGAUUUGAGAAGUAAACACAAUGAAGGUGACGCGACAUAAAUGAGGGCAGCUUGGUGAGAUCUCCCUUGGUGACUAAUGUUUUGUGUUCCAUCAGGAACAUAUUGUUUGAGAGGGAAAUUGGCAUGUAUUGACGAGUGACGACCACUGGUCACCCGCUGGUUCCUCAUGUGCUUAACCAUGUGAAACCCCUGCAGUUGCAGAUCAAGUGAAGGGAUUCUUGUCUAACUGAAGUUUCAGACUUUCAGAUCCUGAUCUGGCUGUAAAUCUUACUAGUUUGAAUCAGCAGUUACCUUGCUGAACCUGUGCAAUACAAGUACAUACAUGCGGGCAGAUUUCCAGAUAACAAGCUUCAUGAGGAUCAUCAAAGAAACCAUGAGCGUGGUAGCUUGUUUUUAUCUGCAGAUGAUCGAUGGUCAGAAAUCUGAAACCACAUCUUGUAAAGAAAAAUGUCAAUGGCAGCGACUGGCCUGCUAAUGUACAGAUGACAUUUGCUUACUCGCUUGUUGGGUAGAGAAUAGGGUUACUUGUUUAGUUAGCACUAGCAGCCUAGGUCAGAAUGUAUUGAAGGAUGCUCUGUUAGAGGACCAGGGCACCAGAUAGGUCAGAUGUAAGCCACAUUGUAAGCGGACAGUUUAUUCUCCUGUGCUGAGUAUCUUUCCUCCAUCUAGCUUGA